AUGUCAAAUAACACUACGAAUACUAACAGUGGAUUAGAUAUAACCAAUUUAGAUGAUUUACGUGAUCCAUCGGGGAUUUUCUCUCUGAUUGAAGUUGUCGGUAAAGGAACUUACGGGAAUGUCUACAAGGGGAGGUAUACGCGUACUGGCCAAUUGGCUGCAAUCAAAGUUAUGCCGAUUACUGAAGAGGAUGAAGAAGAAAUUAAACUGGAAAUUGAUACUUUGAAAAAACUCUCAAAUCAUCGAAAUAUUGCCAGCUACUAUGGUGCAUUUAUUAAGAAAUCUUCUCCUCGAGAUCAUUUAUGGCUUGCUAUGGAGUAUUGCGGAGCUGGAUCAGUUGCUGAUCUUAUCAAAAGUACUCGUACAAAAUCAUUAAAAGAAGAUUGGAUUGCCUAUAUCAGUCGAGAAAUUCUUCGAGGUCUUAUGCAUUUACACGCAAAUCGUGUGAUUCAUCGUGAUAUUAAAGGUCAAAAUGUAUUGCUCACUGAUAAUGCUGAGGUUAAGCUUGUUGAUUUUGGAGUCAGUGCACAGUUGGAUAAAACAUUUGGUAAACGAAAUACAUUCAUUGGAACACCUUAUUGGAUGGCUCCUGAAGUAAUCCAUUGUGAACAAGACUCCAGUUGUACAUAUGAUGCACGUUCAGAUAUUUGGUCAUUAGGUAUAACUGCCUUAGAAAUGGCUGAAGGUCGACCACCAUUAUGUGAAAUGCAUCCAAUGCGUGCACUUUUUCUUAUUAUGCGUAAUUCCCCACCACGUUUGAAACAAGCACCAAAUGGUUCACGACAUUGGACACCAAGAUUUCAUGAUUUUGUUAAUAAAUGUUUAACUAAAGAUUUUCAUAAACGUCCAAAUACCUCAGAAUUAUUUCGACAUGAUUUUAUUACAAAUUUACCUAAUGAACGACAAAUACGUAUUCAACUUAAAGAUCAUAUUGAUAGACAUAAACGAAAUAGACAGACUGAAGAGCACGAGAAAAUUUAUGAAUAUGAAGGAAGUGAUGAAGAGGACGAAGAGGAGACGAGUGCUGCUGCUAAAGGCGCUGCAGCAGCUGCUUUAGCGAUGUCUGCCGCUGCUGCAGCCGUUGGCGGUGGCGUUGGUGGUGUUGGUGGUGUCGGUGUUGGAGCUAAUGGACAAGGACAUCGUCUGCCUAAUCAACAUCCACCUCAGUAUCGUCAUCCACCGGAUAAAUUAUACCCUAAUCAUCAAAUGAUGCGACCUGGCGGCGGGGGUGAUCAUAAUGAAUUUGUCCCAUUCCCUGGAGCAGCACCACCACCAACAUCCUCAGUUGCAGGAUUAAACUUUAAACAGCAUACACCGGCGAUUUCAGUGGAUCCUCGAUUCGCUGGAAGAAAUCCUAUGCCAACAGCAAUGAAUAAUAAUAAACUACCCCUUGCUACACCUCAAUCGGGUAUGCAUCACAAUAAUCGAUUAUCAAGAUUAGAUGAAGGUGAAUCAGCUACUGUGAAUGCUAAAGAACCAGGUGAAAAUACACUACGUCAAAAUUUCGCUCGCUUACAGGAACGUGAACAUCAUCCAGCUGUAGGUGUUGCACCUCAACGAUCUAUCGUCAAUGGACGCCCUCAAUCAUCCUCCUCUUCAUCUGGUCAUCAUUUCCCACAACAUUCACGACCAUUAAACAGUAGUCGUGUUCCUCCACCUGUCUAUAGUCAGUCACAGCAUCAUCAACAGCAACAACAGCCACAACCACAACAGCAACAACAAAUACAUUCAAAUCAACCGAAAUUGGGUGUUCUAGCUGCUGGAAGUCGUUUAGCUGGUGCCGGUGGUCCAUCUCCUUUACCUUCUCAUAGCACUACUUCCACUACUACAACUACGUCUACAGUAUUGGAUACAUCUGUAGAUAGCCAGUUUGUAAGCAGCAGCAGCAGCAUCAGUGAGGGUGUUUUCACUUCGUCCUCGGUUAAUUCUGUAAAUCCACCGACAUCGGUUAUCAGUGGCGGCGGUGGUCAGCCUCCGCAUCAUUUUCCCCUACAACAUCAUAGAGCAUCUGUGUCCAAUCCUCCUUUCAAUCCUUUUCAUCUCAAUGUAAAUGCUGCUGUUACGUCAUCACCAUCACCGUUGUCAUUGGCGGUGACUUCUUCUUCAAAUGAUCCUACGGGGGCUGGUAAUUUAUCACCAUUUGUAUCACCAUUUCGUGCAAAACUUGCCAAUCCUGGUCCACCGCCUGUCCCAUUACAUCAGCAGGUUCGUAUUGGUAGCAGUGUGUUGAAUGGUGGAGGAGGAGGCGGACAUGGAGUCGCUGGUGGUGGUGGUGUGUCAGUAUCUGGAAGUAGUAGUAAUGAUGAACCAUCGAAUCCACUGGUUGCCAGUUCCCGGCAUCAACAUAUAGUUGCACCGAAAUUUCCAUCUGCUCGUCCAACAAGUCAGGCUGUGCCACAUUUAGAUCUUCGAAAACCACCCCUAGAAUCAGCUUUACCCCAGUCAAUUAUCACUGCAACGAAUGCAGUUGUCAGUCAGUCGAAAUUAUCAAACAAUGUUAGUAUAUCAAGUCCUGUUAACCGGUCUAGUGGAGCGGCGAUGGCUUUUGCCGCCUCAACAACAACAUCAACAUCUGCUGUCACUACUACCACUACUUCAACAGCUGGAGGAGUUUUCAAUGGGAAUUUGAUGCGUCAGUCAAUAGCAUCAUCACAUUUAACUCCCGGUAUGCAUAAUCGAUCACCUGUACAUCAGAUAUCUUCAGCUGAUGAAAAUGUUCGAUCUCGUGCUUCUCAGAGUGCUGCUAUUACCACCACUACUACUACUACUACUACCAGUAGUUCUACAAAUCAACCUGAAUUACGUCCACAUUCAAAUAAGCAAAUACCAUCGACACGGUUGAAUUCAAGUGUUAUACCACAGAAGUUACAUAGUCACCAUGGUCAUCAUCAUCAUCAGCAUCAACAGCAGCAGCAACAUAAUCAUCCACAACAUUCACGUCAUAUCGCUAGUAAAAAGCCUGAGAUAUCACGUCUUGAGCAUGAUGUAUUGAAAGUGAUAGGCAAAGAAUCGUUAUUACCUGUAUCCAUUGGUAACGAAGUUAUCGCUGUAACAUCAACAGCAACGACAACAACAACAACUACUACAACCACGAUCAGUAGUAGUGUUACUAGUACCAAAACACUGACAAGUGUCCCAUUGACAACAAAUGUGUCACCUUUGAUGAACAGUAGUACACAUCAAUUCCAUGUGAAUUUAUUUCAAUGGCUUAAACAAGCUCAGUUGAAUCCAUCGUCUGCAUCAUUGAUUUAUUUACGUGAACAGUUACGACAGAAUUUAUUCCUGCAGCAACAACAACAGCAACAACAUCGAUUACAACCGACACAGAUACCACCACCGCCACCCCCACAUGUGAGUACACCGUCAUCACAGUCAAUCAUAAGGACUGUACUACUACCAUCGUCUACCUCUAAUAUGAUCCACCAUUUUCCAAGGCAGCAGCAACAGCAACAGCAAACAAGCUUGGUAAAUAUAUUAAAUCAAUUCCCUGAAGCGGUAGUAGAUAAUGAUUGGUUCGGAUCUAAUGUUGAUUUGAUCGAAGUUAGAAACAGUAGUACGAGUAGUAGUAGUCAUAUCAAUGACAGUACUGAUGACAAUGCUUCAUCACCACCACCUGUCCUCGACCUCUCCUCCACAUCCUCAGCAUUAUCAUCGCCGAAACCACCAUUAGGGCCAAGAUUGUUAAGACGUCGAUUGCCUAAGCCUAGACCAGAUGAAUUUAUUGUUGUUGAAGAAGAAGAAGAGGAAGGGGAGGGAGAGAAGGAGAGAGAAGAAGACAGCGGCGUUGGUGGUGGUGAAGACGGUGAAGCCGAUGAACGCCAGUUGAAUAAAGACAAUGAAGAAAGCCUUGGCUUACACAAUGAUUAUAAUUUAACUAAAAUACCACAAGCUGUUUAUAAUUAUUCCUCUCCUAAAUUGAAUCAAUCGUCUUCCACUAAUGAUGACCUGCAUCAAAUCAAUACUCGAGUGAUGAGAAAACUGGUGGUGGAUAGUGGUGGUGAUGCGUCCUCGUUAAGUCGGAAUGCUAGCUGUCCGCCUAUUCCUCCUGGAACACAUGAUACUACUGAGAGUAAUAUGGAUGGUGAUGAUGAUGUUGAGGAUAGUCAAAGAAAGCCAGAAGAAAUGAUCAGUUUACAAUCGGAACUUGAUCAGUUGGCGGCACAAUUGACUAAUUUAGGCGCUGUUUCACCUAGCCCCAAUAGACAAAAUAAUAAUAAUGUAAUGAAUGGUGGAAAGUCAGAGGGUAAAAAGUCAACCAAUAGACGUCAACACCGACAGAAUUAUGAAAAUAAUGCUCAUUUAUCAAAAUUGCCGAAUGAUCCAGUUCAUCGUCAUCAUCGUCACCAUCAUGAUUCAAGUGGACGUGAUCGAUCUAAUUCAUUGUCAUCGUCGACAUCAUCCUCAUCCUCGUCAUCUACGAACUCGUCAGUAUCAUCUGAAAAUGGUACCAGUAAUAAUAAUAUAAAUUCACCAAUUCACAUGAAUAGUAAUAACAAUAAUAAUAAUAACAAAUAUUCAACAAGUAAUUCAUCUACAGUGAGUCGAUCUCAUUCUAUCGGUUCACCGAAUGAUUUCCACUCGUCAAGUACAACAUGUUCUUCUGGUUCAAUUUCUUCUACGAAUUCAUCAUGUGAUGAUAAUCGUAAUGCAGCAAAAUUGAAUGCAUUGAAUGGAAAACGGCAGAAAACAACAGAAGUGGAUCCUCGUCGACUCACUGUUGUUGAGAAUGUACACGUACUGAAUAAUAAUAAUAAACUGGCUGAUUCCAACCAGCCAGAUGAUUUAGACAUACUGACUAACGACCAAUUGGAUGAUAUGAAUUCUAGAGGUUAUGCAUAUGAUGACGGAGAAGCUGCUGCUAGAGAAGAUGACGAGGAUAUGGGUGUUUGCGGUGGUGACGCAGAAGACGAACAAGAAGAAGAAGAGGAUGAAGAUGAAGGUGAUGUGAUUGUUGUUGAAGAAGAAGAAGAAAAUGGUGCUGAUUUGGAAGAGGCGGAACAACUGAGAGCUACACUAUCUAUUGUUCGUACACGGCAAAGACCAUCUCUCAGUGAAUUUCUACGCAAUGGUCAUAGUGGCAAUGAUACGUCUGCUGAUAACGACACUAAUAAUGUGGUCAGUAAUGAAUCAUUCUACUGUAUAGAUGAUGGAACCUUAUCUAGUUCAGCAGUGAAAUGGCAUAAAGAAGGAGCCUUAAAUAAGGCUGUGCACUCAAUAGUAGGAAAUCUUACGUGUAAUUCAUCGGCAUCACCCCUAUAUCCUCCUCCUUCGCCUCCUCCAGUUCUAUUCCCUCCACCGCUUCCACCACGCUCUAAGCGUCAUUCUCUUUACUUCGAAAGUAACUUUACAAAACUUGAGCACAGACCUUCUGAUGUUGUCGUUGUUGAACGACAGCAACAACAACAUCCGUGUCAAAUCUUAUUAGCAGCAUUAGGCGGUUGUAGCUCUUCAUCAAAACAAUCUAAGCGAUAUUCUGCACCAGGUCUUACAAUUCUGAAACCGUCAGAUGAAUUUGCAAAGGAGACAUUGUGCAGUUUAGCGUCAAUUAUUGAAUCUACAUCUGGAACUAUCGGUCGAUCUGGUUCAAAUGAAAAUACACCAAGUAAAUCAGCAACCAGUGGAAAUGAUAAUAUCAAGCUUGUGUCAUCAUCAAAUGGCUAUCAUCCGACUACUACAGAUUCAGAUAUGGCAAUCACAAGUUCAGCUUCUUCAAAACUAAUGGAUAGAAAUGACAAAGAAGGAGUAGGUAGAAUACAUGAUGAACCUCAACCUCCACCGCCACCACCACAUUCGUCAGAUAUUAUUCACGCUGGACAGUACACUGGUAAGCAGUCGUCACAUCAACCGUUCGAUGGCAGUAGUAGUACAAAUAUUCUAACCAAUCAACCUUCUUUAAUUGGACAAUCCAAUGUGGCACAAAGAUCCAGUCCACAAAUCUCUCCUCAGUCUAUAGUAAUUACAGACUCAAAUAAAGCACUGCCUAGUUCAGUUUGGUCAGUUCCAGCCAAUAGUACUGCAGGCAGCAGCAGCAGCAAUGUCGCUCCUCGAGUUUCAGAGCCUAGUCCACGUGCAAAUCAAAAAACGAAAGCUCAGUUCGAUGGUCAAUCAUCUCAGUCAAGUGGUGCUGGUGGCGGCGGCGGCGCAAGUAGUAGUAGUAAUUCAUCCUUCGGUCUCAUUAAAUCCGUUGCCCUAUCGAAUCCAAUCUGUGCUAAUCUACUGAAUUUCAGUCUACCGUCGAUCACCACAUCGAAUGCGGUUAUUACAACUGGUCCACCACGUGGUGGUGGUGGUGGUAGUACUACUGGCAUAUUAUCAACAACUGUCAAUAUCAAUAACCUGCCAACAACAGCUACUGGUUUAGGCGGUGAUACACCCGAGAUUCAAGUGUAUAAAAAACGCUUUAAUUCAGAGAUUCUAUGCGCAUCCACAUGGGGUGUAAAUCUGCUAAUUGGUUUGGAGACUGGCCUAUCUCUAUUAGAUCGUAGUGGUGAAGGUCGAGUGUAUUCCCUAAUAACAAGACGAAGAUUUGCACGAAUGGCUGUUUUAGAAGGUCAAAAUAUUCUAGUUACAAUAUCUGGACGUAAAAAUCGUGUACGUGUAUAUUAUUUGUCAUGGCUACGAAGUAAAAUUAUGAAAACUGAAGGGUGUGAUAAAAAGAACGGUUGGGUUAAUGUUGGUGAAAAUCUACAAGGAGCUGUACAUUUCAAAAUUGUGAAGUAUGAAAAGAUCAAAUUCCUUGUCAUUGCUCUGAGAGAUUCUGUAGAGAUCUAUGCUUGGGCACCUCGUCCUUAUCAUAAAUUUAUGGCUUUUAAGCGAUUCUCUGAACUGAAACAUCGGCCGUUACUGGUCGAUUUAACAGUUGAAGAGAAUACCCGAUUAAAAGUGAUCUAUGGUUCAUCUAGUGGAUUUCAUGCUAUCGACCUAGAUUCGAAUACAGUCUUCGAUUUAUAUAUUCCUUCAUUGAUCAAUUCACAGAUCACACCUCAUUGUAUAGUGGUUCUUCCCAAUACAGAUGGGAUGCAAUUACUUUUAUGCUAUGAUACUGAAGGUGUCUAUGUAGAUACAAAUGGUAAAUUAACUAAAAAUGUCGUUAUACAAUGGGGUGAAGUGCCAACCUGUGUUGCUUAUAUAUCCACUGGCCAAUUACUCGGUUGGGGUUUAAAGGCCAUAGAGGUUAGAUCAGCUGAAACUGGCCACCUGGAUGGUGUAUUCAUGCAUAAACGUGAACAGAAAUUCAAAUUCCUCUGUGAACGUAACGACAAGGUCUUCUUUUCAAAUACCCGAUCUGGACCACCUCAAGUAUCAAUGAUGACUCUUAGUGGAAUUCACUGGUAA